UGUAUACUAUAACAGAUACUGACUAAUAUUCCUCCAACAGCAUUUAUCUCUUACGAACUGGCUCUUUAGUUAGAAAUGCAGAAACACACAGGCACAAAGUGUAUUUUGCACACAGACACACCUAUUCCGUGAAGAUGGCUCUCCUCACUGUGGCUGGGAUUAGUAGUGAGCAAAGAUUAAGCAAAUUAAUACUGAAGCCACUGCCCAGAAUAACUCAGUCUCCAGCACGGAGCUCCACAGCUCAACAUGAGAGGCCAGCCGCUCUAUUCUGACUUCCUACUCCACAUGGGAAAACUUUGAGAUUAUGAAUGAAGCUCCAGCAGUGAGGAAAGCCCCACCACAGGCCCAGUCUUCUGGCAGCGUUCAUACUUUGAUGACAUAUCGCCAACCAUACAUGAGUCAGCCUAUUUCCUCAAAGCGUGUGUGCUUCUACAAAAGCGGUGAUGCGCAGUUCAGUGGUUUACCCGUGGUUAUCAAUAAUCGAACGUUCAAAACCUUUGAGGGACUGCUGGACAGUCUGUCAAAGCGUGUUCCGCUGCCCUUUGGAGUGCGAACUAUCACCACACCUCGUGGUCAUACCACAGUCCAUUCCCUUGACCAGCUGCACCACGGCCAUUCCUACAUCUGCUCUGACAAGCGCACAGUGAAGCCGAUUGACCUGGAGCGGGCACGGCGCAAACCACCACCAUGGUACAAUGCCCGGCCGGUCAGCAACAGGCGGGUGGCCAUACGGCGUCAGAGCCCUGGCCCACACAGCGCUCGCAGGGCCAGACGGAACGAGCACGCAGCCCUGCUGCACACACCCAAGCGGCUGGUGGUGUUCCGCAACGGAGAUCCAGAAGAGAAGCAUACACUAAUGCUACAGAAGAGGACCACACACUCUUUCGAGGCACUGCUGGGCCUUGUGUCUGAGACCAUGCAUUUCCCUGUGUUGAAGCUGCACACACCAGAUGGAAGAAGGGUGGAUGGACUUCCUGCUCUCAUCUUGUGCUCAGGAGUACUGGUAGCUGCAGGAAGAGAGCCUUUUAAAAGGGGAAAUUAUGAUGUUCAGAAACCCUCUGCUCCGACUUGGCUACCAGCAAAAAGUGUUGGGAGGCUGCAUCCUGUGUCUCGGAAAAAGAAAUCCAUAACCAGCGGCACCAGAUCUCGUCCUUUCUCACCCUCAUCAGAGCGCUUCAUUGUAAAUCAGAUACACAACAGUUUUGCAGGAAGUGCAUUUGACUAUCCUAGAAACCCUACUGAUUCUGUAGAGAUGGAGACUGGUCAGAUGCUGGAAUCCGUUGCUGAGACAGACACUAUUGCCUGCCUGGAUGGUGAAGGUGAUGGUGAAAGAGAAAUCCUCGUGCCCACUGAAGAUGAUAUAGAGAAGUCUUUUCGGGUAAACCAAGAUGGCAGCAUGACUGUGGAGAUGAAGGUGCGCCUAACUAUAAAAGAAGAGGAGACAAUUCAUUGGACAACCACACUUAGUCGCUCCAAUGUGACCAAUCAGAUGAAGACCGAACCACAUCCGGAUCUAGGUGCUACCUUGUCUGACACUGUUCCUCUUAAUGUUAACCCUGUGGGGUCAGAAGCUAUCAAAAACUGCCCUGAUGCCUUUUCUAUGGAAAGUCCUGAUGAGAUGCAAACAGGUAGGGCAGAGGAUGUUAUAAGUGUUAAAGAGUCCCUCCCAUCCCUUUCUUCAACUCCUGGCUGGCGCAAAGUUGAGCAGAAACAAUCAGUUGGCAGCACGGUGAAAGUUACAGAGUCCGAGAUCCAGGAAAGUUUGCUGGGAUCAUAUGCCUAUAGGGAAGAGACAAGUAACGGGGAGAUGAAGCAAGAGCACUGCAUGGUACGACAGUGCAGAAGUCGCCCUGUACCUAAACCCCGUAUCAACCUGCCCUCCGAACUCAAUACAACCAGCACACAACUGCAGUCUAAUACUCAGCACUAUGAAUCAGCACAGAUUCUGAAACUGCAAGACAUUGGGGAGGCAGUCCGAGAGACAGUGCUCCACAUUUAUGAACAGCAGUCCUGCGGAGAGACUCUCUUAGCCAACACACAGCUCUGCAUGCCUGGCAUGGGGGCCUAUGGUUCAGUCAAUAGUCUACCAGUAUCUGAAAAUACUAUGCGGUCAUCCAGUGAGGACUUGGAGUCUAUGCCAAUGGAUUCUGGAACUUACGGUUCAAUCAAGAGACAAGAAAAAACCCACACAUUAUGCCAACAAAGCAUCUCUCAGAAAUUCAGAAGCAAAAAGUCUAAACCGUGUACUCCAGUCAUUGACAUUUCUAAAGCUUCAGAAACCACAAUAACCUCAACUGCAAACUCAGACACUAACAAAAGGAGAAAACCAGUCAGAGUGAUUGUAAAAAAGAAUCAUAUUUUCCAAAUUCCUGCUCCUGAUCAAAAAAGAAAAGAUAACACAACCAACAUGUUCAAAGAAAUCAGGAAAAUAAGAGCUGAUAUGUUCAGCCAAGCUGGAACUAUGAGACAUACCGAGCAUUACAAGUCAAAAGCUGUUCACAAGCUUCUAAAAAGACGAAACAACCAACCUAGUCAUGAAAGAAUUGUACCUCACCUGUUACAUAAUCCUGUUCAGCUGACAAUAGAAAGUCCAAAUGAAAUAUCAGCUGAAAAAGAAGAGUACACUAAUACAGUGAAUCCUGUUCAUGUAGACUUGAUCUUUAGUAAACCAAAAGAAAGUUCACCCCCACCAAAGAAAGACUUGCUUCGAACAUCAACCAAUACAUGUACGUUAACACGCCAGAUGUCUAUGCACGAGGAGCGCAAUUUUCAGAGAGAAACUCGAGAGCUCAGUGAAAGCAUAUCCCUUCCUGCUCUGCAUUCGUCUUCAUCAGUCUUCAAUGAAUAUGUUGAACUCUGGCUACAGAAGAGUGUACCUGAUCAAGAACAGGUACAGGAAGACCUUCCCCAGCCCAUCCUAGAAAAAGCAGAGAAAACAGACUCAUCAAAUGAGGAUAUUCCAUGUUAUGUUUCUACCAGAAAACCUCAAUCUUCAACAAGCACAUCAGUGGAGAAGAUCACUUCUAUAAAGGCAACAACACCCAAAAGUCCCAGUCCAGAAAAAAAUGCAAUACCCAUAAAAGAUAUAAAAAGGGACAUAACUAGCACACACCAUACAGAAACAAAAUCACCUCAAAAGAGCAGUACAGCGCAAAAAACAAAACCUCAAACUCUGUCUAUGAAAAAUAUAUAUAAUAAAAACAUUUCAUCAGAGGAAAGUUUGUUACUGAGUGAUAAUUCAUCUGAGAAAAAAAUAAUACCAGAUGUCUCUCAUGGAGAAACUUUACUGACGAAAAAAGUUAAUGGAAAAAAUAUCCAUGCUACCUCAGAUAAUAAUUCUGCAUCAAGUGAAUCAUCAAAUCGCCACUUGUCAAAUCAAGAAAAAAUGCCUUUCCCUGAAAAUAUUACAAAAAUGUCUUGCCAAUCAGAAGAUUCCAGUUUAGAAUCAAGCGGUAAUACAGAAAGACAAACACCUCUACUUAAAAAUACUGCAGAAAAGACUCUUCUGCUUAGCCAAGCUUCUGUAGAAAAAAUACCCAAAAACAACACCCUGACCAAGGCAUCUCUAUUUGACCAUCAACACAUGGAGGAAACACCACUUUCUACAAAGGUUACUUCAGACAGAAGGCCAGCACCAAGACAUUCAUCACAGAUAAAGGUAUCUGAAUCAAAUAUAACUUUGUGGAGCAAAUUACAAGCUAGUAUUGACGCACCAAAAACAAAGGAAAUUAGUAUCAUGCCUCAGGUGGACACUGCAGAUGCCCAGGUCAAAUCUGCAACAGAAACUACAAGUUUGCAAGCAGAAAAAUUGUAUACAGUCAAAAUGGCAGUGAGGCCAGACAUGAGGCAUGUUCUUGAAGAGCUCUGCCAAUCCAUUCAUUCCUUCAGUGAAGUAACACAGCAGAAGCGACGGUCUCGUUUGGAGAAGUCCAAUAGUAUGCCAGAUUUUUCCUCACAACUGGCCUCUACAUUCGGCUCGUCUUCUCGAGUACUGUUGGCCUUUCUCUCGGUUAUGACUCUAAAGGAUGGUCUGGCCAAUUUAAAUACAUGUCGCCAAGCUCAGGACAACCUGAGCUGCUCAGAGGCUUUGCUUAUGCUUCAGUCGCUCAAGGAGAUGGCAGCCAUGGAGGAUGCCGAUAGACUGAGAUCCAGUCUAAAUGCUCUCCAAAGCUCAACAUCAGCUCAGCUGCUGCAGAGUUGGAGAGGUUUCCAAGAACUAAGCAGUAUGUCCAGGAGCCACAGUGUCACCCUGGGAUCCUCAAGAAGUGGCUCAUGCUCCGAGGAAGAGGCAAUUCAGGGACUCAUGGAGGAACUUGGUGUUCCUGAAAGGGUCAGAGAAGAGAUUGCUGCUCUUUGUCCUCAGGAAGAAGAGAGCAUCGAAGGUAAUCAGGUGGAGGGAUUAGAAUCUGAGGAAAGGAGGGAGUCACUGGCAGAGGCAAAGAUAAAUGGAUUCACAGAAUCAAUUGUAAGGGAAGAUUCAAUCAGCUUCGCUGACUCUGUGCUUGAAAAAGAUGUAAACUUGUAUGUUACAUCAGUCAUUGAAAAUGCUGUUAAUGCACACAGUAAAGAUGGUGGCAGUUCAGAUGUCUCUAAGAUGCAUUCAUUGGUUAGUACGGGAGCAGAUAUUGAAGAGGUAACUGAGAGACAUGACCAGGAGUUCUCCCCAGAAAAAACGGCCAAUUGUGGACUUGACACUGAUGUGUGCGAGGACUUGUCUUACCAUGAACCUGUCUUGGAAGAAAAGCAACAAAGGAAAAGAGAAGUAGUGCCAGUGAGACAUGUAAGAAAACAGGAAAAAGAUCCAGAGCCACAAAGUAUUGUAAAGGAUAAAUCAAUGAAAGAGAGUACAGCAUGUAGUGAAUGUGCCGCCAGGACAACUUACAUUAUGGAAGAGAGUCCUAAACACCAUGUGAUACUAGAUAAUAAUGAAGGAAAUAAAGGAUGGAUGGAUACAAAGGAACCAGGUGAAAUUACUGUUACAGAAAACCGCCCUAACUCAUUUGAGACCCCAAGUAGUGAAGACAAAACAAACACAUCUGAAGAAGAUAAAUACAGUUUAGAGGAAGAAGAGGACAGCUGUGAUGAAGAACUUAUGAGCUUUUCUGAAGACCAUGCUAGUGAUAAAGAGGAAAAAGUAAACCCUAUCACAAUACAUAGUGAAGACCAUAGAAACACCACAAUAGCACCCCUCUCCACUUGUCAAAGAGAAACCCAGGUCAGUCAAACGCAAAGCCAACUACACAGUCACACAGACUGUGUGGAACAGCACACUACACCACCCGAAAGGCAAGUUACUUUGAUUCCUAUUCAUGUAGAAUCAAAUGUAAAAGAGGAUAUGGCUCAGGACUCUGGGCAUGACACAGAUCAGCAACAAGUCAUCUACGAGGAAAGAAUAAUUUACUCUGAUGAGGAUCAAAUGGUCUUGGAAGCACCAGAAUGCUACACAAUUUAUCAAGAACAUUUUGUGGAGGAAAAUGAAUAUGGCCCAGAAGAAGUUGUAGAGUUUGAAGAGGAAAGAAAGCGGACUUCAGUGGCAGAGCUCAUCAGUACCCUGGAGUCUGUCACACAAGGGGUCAGCAGUAAACCCAAGAAACCUGUCAACAGACACUUAGACCCCAGUGAAGUUCUAGACAUUUCAGACACAGAUGUGUCUCAGAUCUCAAGUGAACAAGACAGGAUGGAGGAAUUAAUAAAAGAUCCAUGGAAGGUCCAAACACAAGACAGAAGUGGCAAAAGUGGCAUCCAGCAAGUCUCAAAACGACAAUCACCAAAGCAAAACAUGACAAGUAAGCAGUCGCACAUGGACUUCACCUCAGAACCACUAUCUUCUUCAUUAGCGUUUAGCUACGAUUCCCGAAGCAGCUCUUUGGCACAAGAUCCAGAAGGAAGCAUUCACAGUAACAGAGUAAAAUCAAUCCGAGAGAUGUUUCUUGCUAAAAGCAACACUACAUCCCAGAAUGGGCAGAGGAAAACGCACAGUCCAAAUUCUGACAUGUCUGAUUACCAGACUGAAUCCACAGAGGACAGUGGGGGAAAUGGAUCCCAAACAACACCAGAGACAUCCAGCGGAGAAGACGACACAAGUCGUCUAGCCAUCGCAAAGGGUUUUGUCAGAAGAACUAUUGAGCGCCUCUAUGGAAGAGGUAAUUCAAAUAGUACAGGGCCAGAGAGACCUCUAUCAGCCUCCAAAGGAAUGCAAAAAGAAGGUCCAGGAAGGACCAACGUAACUAACCUUGCUUCCUUUCAUGAAGCCCAAACACGGGUCAGAACUGACAUAUCGUACUUCAAUGCCACAAGUUUGAUUGAUGUAAUAAAUGAGCCCAGUCAUUGUGUCACUUUGAAUGCCCAAGUGAGACCUGAAGAUGCUGUCCUCAUUGACAAGGGUCGCUGGUUGCUUCGUGAAAACCAACCAAUCACUGAAUCCUCCCAAGAACUCCAAGAAGCUCAAAGGAAAGUGGAAAAGAACUCGAGCACAGUAAAUGAACCUGAGCAGGAUGCUACAAAAGAAGAUGUUCCAUACUCAUUAUUUUGCCCAGCUUCUCCUCACAGCAUUCUUCCUUCCACUGACCUGGAGGAACUGUCUAGGUCACCAGAACAAAAGUUUACCUAUUUUAAUCUUCCAAAUGCUAGUGACUCUGAGCUGGAGCCAGAAGGACGAAAUACUGACACCCCAUCAAAAAGAGAGGCUAAAGGGACCCCUAUAACACAGUCACCCAAGUCAUGGGCUGAGAAAAAUAGCUUUUUGCCUGCCUUUAACCCACCAGUUGUUAAAAGAACAGAUAAUAAGGUGCACCCAUUAUUAGAAGCUCUAACACUGCCUGUGGUUACUCAACCAGGCAGAGGACAAGGGGCAAAAACAGAGGUUGCAAGGCGCUCUACAGAACCUGAUGUCCUGGAAAUGCUUUUCUCAUUUUGUGGACAGCACUGUCCCAUACUCUAAACUAAACAUUUACAUUGAUAUUUACAGUAUCUAAAUGAUGUGACAAUGAACUGUUACCUCAGAGAUCAGCUUGGGAAUGCCCACAUCUGUAUAAAUUGUGAGGUGUUAUCUUGUAAGGGAGGUUAAACACUGGCCAGCGUGCUUAUGGCAAGGUGACAGGAAUUAUUGCAAUUUGAGGGAGGCCUGUUAUUAAUAUAAUUUAUUAUUCCUCAAUCCACAUUACCAUCCACAGUGGACAGCUAAUGGGCCUGGUUACCAAAUUGGGUGGUAAUGAUGGUGACUGGAAGCAUCUGGCUAGAACUUCAAAUGUAAAAAGACAGGCAACUCCUGUUCAUUUUUAGCUUCUUUUUAGUAAUGGGACACAAUAUUAGUUCCUGUCAGUACCAUGGCAUGUCAUGUCAGUGUAUUACUGCAUAUAUUCAACCGAAAUACACCAGGGCUAAAUCUUAACGAUGAAUAAACCAAUAGUGAAUAAAUUGCAAAAUCUAAUGAUGAUCAGCACUGCCUUACACAUAAGAUUAGCAUAAUAGAUCUUGAAGAAAAACCAUUGCUGGAGGUGCCAGAAGAUGAUAAUAUGAACCACCUUGCUAUAGGAAGCACAGCUGUUGGUUACUGAUUAGCACUUAAAUGUGAAAGAACAUGAAUUAUUUAGUGCCUGAUCUCACAACACACCACUCAACUGUCAAUCAUUCCCUUAAAAGGUUCAUGCCUUUUUAAUGCAAAAAUUAAUUUAUUAAAAAGGCAAAUUAAUUCUAUACAUGGAUAAAAUACAUAGUCGAGGCGCAUUAUUAUAGCCACCUCCAAGUUUCUACACCCAUUAUGCAUCUUAUCAGCUCCAGUGGUUAUAUAGGAGCACUUUGUGGUUUUAUAAUCACAGACUGUAGUCCUGAUUAUCAGUACACUUUAUUUGCCUCCUUUUCACCCUGUUCUCCACAAGGCCACCACAGAGCAGGAAUUAUUUGGGUGGUGUCACUGCAGUGACACUGAUUGAGAUGGUGUAAUAAUAGUGUGUGUUGUUGUGGUUGUAAGAGUGCAUCAGACACCUCAGUCUUACUGCUGGACUGAGAAUUGUCCACCAACCUCGAAACAUGCAAAAGGCAUGUACCCAUUUCUUUUAAUUAAUCAAUAAAAAAUAUAGUCUCAAGUCAUAACCUUUAAGAGCCAGGUGCAUUCACGUGGUGAAGGUGCUCAAUCAGGUUAUUUAUUGGAACAGCAAUGUUAUUUUCUUUUCUGUUUAUUGUUGAUGUAAAAUUUGGGUUUGUGCACUGCAGCAAAUCUGUGUGUGUGAGCGUGUCUGACAAUUUACUUUUGUCAGGGUUCAAAUCAGUUAGUGGCGCACCAGUGUUUUCUGCCGCCAAAAUAGAAACACACGAAAAAUUUACCUGAACACACCUCAUUUUCAGACCACCACACUCAUUGGAAGAGAUAUAUUUCUAAACUCCUUUGCUAUUUUAAUGGCCAGCUGCAAGGCAUAUAAAUAAACCUUUGUGGGGUGUAAGAUGGCAAUGAGUAUUGUGAUGCACAUUGUGCAGGGUGUACCAUAGGGCCCCUAAGGUGGAGCAGCUAGUGAAGAGCGUCUGAUAAAGUUUACAGUCAGUGGACACGGUGUUUAAAAACUCCAGCAGCACUGCUGUGUCUGAUUAUAUAGAGCUACAUGGUUCUCCUAUGUUGUCAGUAGAGCUUAUAAGAUGGACAGUGAAUAAUGAGGUUAAUAUUGCAAAUUGACCAUGUACAUACACUUGCUAUUCAAAGAAGAGUUAACUCAAGACCCAUGAGUGUACUGCCUUUCUGAAGCAGUGAAAAGAGAGAUAAGUUUGACGACUUCAAGGCCAUACUGUGCAUUACCGUAAUCUCAUUUUGACCAAAAGCUUUAAAGCACUGAGCGGUUAAAGCGUCACAAAAUCAGGGAGAUCAGCUCUAGCUCCCAGCAUGAGACUGGGGCAUAUGCUCAACUCGCACGCAAAUGUUGUGCGUUCCAUAUAAACAACAGAUCUUCCAUAUGCCACUAUUCUGCCAAUCACUGCUGUAAAGAACAAUUUAUGGAACUGCAGUAUUUGUGUGUGUAUUGUAUUACAAUUUUUGAUGUUUUGUUUUAUAUUAUUUGUAAAUUUAUGUACAUUUGAUGUCGCUGUAUACAAUUCACUAGCUUGUAUUAUUGCAGAAGUUUUAUAGUACACUUGUCUUUAACCUUUUUUAUGUAUAGAAGCUGAUCGUCUUUGUAUUUGCAAUGUGAAAGGCAGCUCGUGUUUUUGUUUUUCUGUGACUUGUGUUACACAUUUAACUUAUUAAAUGUUUGUUAUA